CAUCCCAAACGCUCAACCUUUCUCAACCUAGCUUAGUUGCGGCGAUUGGGCAAGAAGGGAAAAACGUCGGUUAAGAGAAGCGGGAGGGACAACCAACCCCGGCAGUUGUUGCCAACCGCCCUUGCUGCCUUGCUGAUUGGAUCCGACGGCCCUACGGAGCCCGCCUCCCCUGGCCGACCAUUGGCUGUCAGAGCGGCGGCCGGUGAGAGGGUCCUAAAUAUUGCCAAGGGAGGGGGAGAAAGCGAAGGCUGUUCAACAGCAGCAGGAAUUUAGAACAGUAAUGGCUGCUGAAUCUCCCCGCCGUCCAAGCCGAUGUACCGGAGGUGUGAUAGUCCGGCCACAGGCUGUUACGGAGCAGUCCUACAUGGAAAGUGUUGUCACAUUUCUGCAAGAUGUCGUACCACAGGCUUAUAGCAGUACAACUCCAACAGAAGAAAAAGAGAAAAUUGUAUGGAUCAGAUUUGAAAAUUCUGACUUGAAUGAUACGUUAAGGAAUGUGGAGCUGCAUGAAAUGCACAGCACUGGGAACGAGCCUCCUCUUCUGCUCAUGAUUGGCUACAGUGAUGGGAUACAGAUAUGGAGCAUACCUAUUAGUGGUGAAGCUCAAGAACUUUACUCUAUCCGACACGGUCCUGUCCGAGCAGCCCGGGUUCUGCCAUCCCCACAGAUCCAUCGCGAGAAGAGUGAUAACUUUGCUGAGAAGAGGCCUCUCCUUGCUGUGUGCAAAAGCAUCGGAUCUUCUGGGACCAGCCCUCCUUACUGCUGCGUGGAUCUCCAUUCUUUGAGAACAGGGGAAGUAGUCAAAUCCGUGCAGUUCAAAACACCUAUUUAUGAUCUCCACUGCAACAGAAGGAUUCUUGUUGUUGUCUUGCAAGAGAAGAUUGCUGCCUUCGACAGCUGCACUUUCACUAAAAAAUUCUUUGUCACAAGUUGCUAUCCUUGUCCAGGGCCAAAUAUGAACCCCAUAGCUCUAGGAAGUCGGUGGCUGGCCUAUGCGGAAAACAAGCUGAUUCGUUGCCAUCAGUCCCGGGGCGGAGCUUGUGGCGAUAACAUUCAGUCCUACACAGCCACGGUCAUCAGCGCAGCCAAAACCAUCAAAACUGGGCUCACCAUGGUUGGAAAAGUGGUAACGCAGCUGACGGGCACUUCGCCAUCAGGAGUGGCGGAAGAAGAAAUCUUGGCACACACCAAUAGCCGACGCAGCCCCUUGGUUCCUGGAAUUGUCACAGUUAUUGAUACUGAGAUGGUUGGAGAAGGACAGGUGCUGGUGAGCGAGGACUCCGAUAGCGACGGCAUCGUAGCUCACUUCCCGGCCCACGAGAAGCCCAUUUGCUGCAUGGCUUUCAACCCCAGCGGCAUGCUCCUGGUCACAGCAGACACCCUGGGCCACGAUUUCCACAUCUUCCAAAUCCUCACCCACCCCUGGUCAUCUUCUCAAAGCGCCGUCCAUCAUUUGUACACGUUACACCGCGGAGAGACCGAAGCCAAAGUGCAAGACAUCGCGUUCAGCCACGACUGCCGGUGGGUGGCGGUUAGCACCCUCCGAGGCACCACCCACGUCUUCCCCAUCAACCCCUACGGAGGGCAGCCCUGCGUACGGACGCACCUCUCACCUCGGGUCGUAAACCGCAUGAGCCGCUUCCAGAAGAGCGCGGGGCUGGAGGAGAUCGAACAAGAGCUGACCACCAAACAAGGAGGGCGCUGCAGUCCCGUGCCGGGCCUUUCCAGCAGCCCAUCUGGCUCCCCUCUCCAUGGUAAACUGAACAGUCAAGAUUCUUAUAACAAUUUUACCAACAACAAUCCGGGAAACCCUCGUCUGUCCCCACUUCCAAGCCUCACUGUGAUGGCACCUCUUGCCCAGAUCAAGCAACCCAUGACUCUAGGAACCAUCACCAAACGGACAGGGCCUUACCUCUUUGGAGCUGGGUGCUUUUCCAUCAAAGCUCCGUGCAAAAGCAAACCGGCUCCACAAAUCUCACCCAGCAAAUCGGUCGGAGGAGAAUUCUGCGUCGCUGCGGCCUUCGGCUCAUCCCGCUCGUGGUUUGCAAGCAAUCCUGCUCUUAAAAGAGACAAAGAUCAAUCCAAGCAGUUCCUUGUCGAGUCCUUGUACAUCAUCAGCUGCUAUGGGACUUUGGUGGAGCACGUCCUGGAACCCCGACCUCUCAGCACCACCGCUAAGAUCAGCGAUGACACCCAACUGGAAAUGAUGACCUGCCCACGGGCCAGCUGGACCCUCGUCAGAACUCCCCAGUGGAAUGAACUGCAGCCGCCUUUUAACUUGAAUCACCCUCUGCUCCUAGCCGCAGAUUCCGUGCAGUGCUACCAGUAUCUCCUUCUUGGCUUUCAGCGUAAUUACUUUCUGUGACUCUCUGGCUCCAUUUCUUAUUUACUCAACACGGUGUUUCUUUUUGGGAGCAUCCUGUUUUUGUUAAUCUUGUUUUAAUUCUGUUCUGGAAGGGAUUAUCCUUGAAAAGCCCCAUCCAGCAUCGCUUUAGGUUUAUAUACUUUUGUUGUAGCCCUACGUUUGUUUUCUUUAAAUCCCCAAACGAAGGGUUGGCCAGACGCGAAUGCAUUUGGAGACUGUAAUUAAAGCUACGGAAAACAAUGACGUGCGGUCAAAUUGUCACUCUUGGAAGACGGAAUCCGAAAUGGCCAGAGUCCCAAUCCCCCUUAAGGUAAACAAGAAGCAGUCUCAUACACAAAAUUUUUAAAAUCUGCAGACAUGUUCCUUUGUCCUCGAGAGCCACUACAUCAGCGGGCAGUGCCAGCAAUGAUUACGUCUCCUUGUUUUCUGUCUGCACUUCAAGACCCGUUUACACCAUGGGCCUCAACUCCACUUUUCCUUUCUGCUUUCUCUCCAGACUUCACAGGAGAAACUUAAAUUGAGGGAGUCAAGCUAUUCUCCAAAGCCCCUGAAGGCAGGACAAGAAGCAAUGGGUGGAAACUA